UUUUUUUUUUACAUUGUAUGUUUACAAAAUUCAAAAAUUCUCGUCGAGUAUCGAAUACACCAACGACAUCAUCUAAAUCGUCGUCCAUGUGUAGUAAUCUCAGUAACAGUAAUCAAAUUAGUACCAAUAGUGAAACAACUUCCCUCAGCACGUCCCAAAGUAGUCGUGAGGGACGAUCUACUGAUAUUGUGCAAUCUUCUCAGACACACCCUGUCGUUGAUGUGGUUGAUGAUUUGUAUGAUUUCUUUGCUCAUGGUAUGGAUGACGAUAUACAGGCAUUCGCAUUGUCUGAAAAACAAUAUCAUAAACGACAAACAUUGAUUCAAAAGUUCUUCGAUUCGGAAUCGGAUUAUGUCAAUCGACUCCAUGUCAUCUUACUUUAUUUUCGGCGUCCCAUCUCUUUACAAUACGACCCAUCCAACAGUACCAGUCAUGAUAAUACACAUCAUGACAGUCCAAGGCAAAGUACUCAUUCCUCUCUCACUUCUACCUUACGUUCUCCCUUUUUAUCCAAAUAUAUCUCUUCUUCUUCGUCCUCUUCUUCUUCUUCUUCCUCUCAUCAUACAUCACCCUCCUCCCAUACGGGCAUCAAUAUGUAUGAUAUUGAUUUUCUUUUUGGCUCUAUUGACAAGCUUUAUCAUUCGCAUGAACUUUUUUUGGAAAAAUUGACUGAAAGAUUCCAAAUUUGGGGACCACUUCAAUUGCUAUCUGAUUUGAUUGAUUUCUUGUUGAAUGAAGUGAUACCGAUCUAUAAUUCAUUUUUAGAAAACUAUCCCAAAAUGAUGGCUAUCUUAGAAGUCAUAGGGAAAAGUCGGGACGGACGGAAACUAUUAGAAACUGUAGUUAAUAACCCGGAAGGCAUUGGACCAGUCCGUUUAUUUUGUUUAUUGAAAUUACCAUUAUGCGUCAUCCCUCGUUACUAUCAAAUGAUCACUGAAAUCGUCAAGUUUACCGACUUUAAUCAUCCUGAUGCUCAUCCCUUGAAAAAGCUUCAACAACGACUUUUGAAAUUGGACACAGAUAUGGUGCCAAGGAUCAAGAUCUGUCAAAACAUCAAUCAAUUGAUGGACAUGAGUCUGACGGUAAUAGGAUGUCCUUCAAUGAUGACGGAACCACGACAAUUCAUCAAAAGUGGAAAACUUGGCAAUGUAGAAGGCAAGGCUCACGAUCUUCGGAUCUGUUUCCUAUUGAGUGAUCGUUUGAUCACAGCACGGCCGGGUGAUGGCGUGUUGCAUUUUAAGAGCUCUGUAUCGCUUCGAGGCGCCACCAUCAAAACAGUCAAACGGAUGGAUGCUAGUUUCAUCAUCGUCGAAGAUGCACCCACGGAUCCUUCUUACCAAUAUUCUGAGGACAUUGAACGACUACUGAACGCUUCAGGCUCCACACCACCUCGUCAACACCAUUUCAAGGCCGAAUCACUGGAUGACAUGCUUAGCUGGCUACGUGUAUUACAGAACGUUGUUCAGGCCUUACGACACAAAAAAUUAGAUCAUCACUAAAUGAUGGGUUUUACGACAGCAUCCACCUUUUUCUUUUUUUUAAAAAAAAAAAUCCCUAGCAUCGAUUACCUCUGUUUCUUUUUUUUUUUUUUCCUUUUUUUUUCAUGUGUUAUCUUACCCACACUUCCAUCAUUGUUUAUACCUUCCUCUCUUAUGUUGCAUACUGUAUUUCUUAUUAUUUAUAUAUAACUGUUCAAUAAAGAUAUCAUCACAGCCAAAGUAUUCGUUGAACGCAUGCAAUGGUUGAAUGGCAAAUGGAAAUGAGUCGCAUCAGGUUUCGUUUAUUUGUACCAAGU